AUGGCGACCGCAGUCAUCUACGACUUGUUGGUCCCGCUCAGAGCCCUGGGCAGCAUCGCCUUCUCGCCCUUUGUGCCUGGAGCUCUCCUGGUCGGCGCCACGUAUGCCCCCGAUACUCUGCGCAAUGCCACGGCCUCGGUCCUCAAGAAGCUCCCGGAGCAGCUCAGCGCUUUGCUGUUGCGCGCGGCGCCCGAUGACUCCUCGACAGCCAUGACCGUGCUGAAGGUCGUCGUGGCCCUGGGCGCCAUCAGCAAGGCGAACAGCACGCUGAGCACCAUGGCCCACAACUCGUGGCGCCUGGGUCCGGCAAAGGGCUGGGACUGGCCCAAGGAGAUCGCCGUGGUCACGGGCGGCGCCAGCGGCAUCGGCAAGGACACCACGCUGAAGCUCGUGGCCCUUAGCGUGCGCGUCGCCGUGCUAGACAUCCAGGACCUGCCCAAGGACAUGCAGGGCAACGCCAACAUCCGCUUCUACCGCUGCGACGUGACGUCCGCGGACGCCGUGGCCGCCGUGGCCGCCGUGGCCGCCGUGGCCGACGCCAUCCGCAGCGACCUCGGCCACCCGUCUAUCCUCAUCAACAACGCCGGCGUGGCCCAGCCUCGGCCUAUCCUUAAGACGGACCCCAAGUUCCUGCACACCAUCUUCAGCUUCCUGCCGGCCAUGAUCGAGCAGAACAAGGGCUACGUAGUGACCGUCGCCAGCAUCGCCUCCUUCGUCGCCCUGGCCACGGCCGCCGACUACUCGGCGACCAAGGCCGGCGCCCUCGCCUUCCACGAGACGCUCGCCUGUGAGCUCAAGCACCACUACAAGGCGCCCAACGUGCUAACGACCGUCGUCCACCCCAACUUCGUCAGGACGCCGCUCAUCCAGGCCCUGACCGCCCGCCUGGAGAGGGGCAGCGUCCGUCUGCUCACCAGCGACGAGGUGGCCGAGGUCAUCAUCAGCCAGGUCAAGAGCCGCAGGGGCGCUCAGGUCGUCAUCCAGAGCGCUGCGUCGAUCCUGGCUGGGUUCCGGGCCUGGCCGUCGUGGCUGCAGGAGUUUGUGCGCGACAUUGUGGGCAAGGGGACGGCCCGUCGCCGUUAGGUGCAGCCGUGACUAGCCACUCGUGCGUCACGGGUGCGGGGGUGUGCUGGGAACGUUAUUCUGGGUAGGUAGUUGACAUGCCUUCGUUGGGUCAAGAUGGCAAAAAGUGUUUGAAGUUUUUUGGGGUUGAGGCAUCGGGAUGUCGCAUGUUGUCGGAUUAAGCUUGCACCGCCUCCCUCGGAGUACGCGGAGAAGGAAACUUUCCAUCUGGCAGGAUCCGCGGACGCGGUGCUCCAGAAACUACCUAGGUGCGUAGUUCCACGCGUGUAAUAUAUUGGGUACUCCGUAGAUACCGAGUUUCGCGAAAGGAGUAAAAAACUUGGAGCUAGUGCGAGCCUCUUCGACUGCGCAUUAUCGCCCAGGAGCAGGACAGUUUACUUUUUUGCAAAUGUCGAGUGUAAAUGCAGGAUCGUCUCUUAAACAUGACCAACAGCCCG